AAAAGUCUUGUUUAUGGUGGGCGAGUAUUGCUAGCUGGUUAAUUACUUUUCCUCACUGACAUUAGCCUUACGCUUGCACUUGCUAACUGCUGUAGUAGUAAAAAAAUAACGGUUUCCAACAUUGUAAGCAACACGUUUAUCGCAGGGCCUUUUCCAAACAAACUAUAGGAGUAGCAUAGCGGCUAUGCUAUGAGUUUGCACACUAUAAACGCUCCAGUGAUAAGACGUGUGGUUUCAACGCGGGCUGAAGGAAAAUCAACCAUUAGUUGUCGAUUAAGGCGAUUCUUUUUGCUUUUAGAAAAACAUCUCUUGACUUUCUUAAGUCCAGUAGAAAACUCUUAAUUUAAAAACUAACUCUGUGGCUUCAAUUGAAUAAAUGUGGAAAUUAGUGGUGAGAAUGGGCAUGUAGGCAGUAACAGAGCUGGAAUGUACACACAUACUUUGUAAACUGAAGAUUGGUUUAAAAUAUGAUAAACACCAAGGUAAACUAUAGACAAGAGAAAAUAGUUUUAAAAAUUAGGAGCCAUAAUAAGGGAGAAAUGAAUAAACAUCAGAUACAAAGUGAAAGAUCUUUGCCUGAUGAGAAUAGUUAAAAAUAAAGCAAGUAUAUUGAAAAUGGUGUAAUGACAAAAAAGUAAAAAUAGUUCUUGAAAUGGCGACAAUUAUGAAGCGUAGUAUACUUAUGACCGCUAGAUAAACAGUAAUUGUGAAUGGGUUUACAGUGUUGUAGGUUUAAAAUAUGAAAUGAAGCGAUAAUGCAAUGUCUUAUGUCCAGGUAGAUCAAAGAUCAGAUGUCUUGUAGUAAGGGACAGAAAAGCAGAUUUUCAUGGUUCGUGGAAGAUUAUAAUAUUAAGUAUUAACAAGUACAUACACUCACUAAUGCCUGUAUUAUGGUGCCCUUAAAACAUGCAACAGUAAAAACACUGGAAGAUGUCCCAAGGUUAACUAGACAAGUAGUGCAGCUUAAAGAUGCAAUAGGAAAAUAUAGUAACUUAUAAAUAGAUUCAACAAACGUAUAGCUAACACUACAUUUUAAAUGAAAUGUUAAUUGUUGCCUUAACAGUAAUGAUUUAGUGAAACCGAGGAAACAUGACGUUUCCAGUGUCCCCUUAACUGCUGAGAUUAAAGGGCAGUAACUGCAGUCUAGUGGAUAAAACCUCAACUUUGGAAGCUAAAGAAUUAGUACUGGUUUCCACUAGGACAUAGUGCUAGCAAAUGAAUAAAUCUAUCGUUGCUUGCCUAUUUAUUUCUUCAUUCACACUUUGAGUGGUCUACAGCAAACCUUACAUACUUACAAUCAAGAUUACGUAAACUAUUUCCCAUUCUUUUUUUCCCCAUUGGUUUGAUGAGACACUUUUCAGAAUACCCAGACCCAUGGAUGAGUAGGUGUAUCAGUAUCACAUCUCACAUCACACCUGUCCGUCCAUUAGUAAUGUGAUAAUCUAAGUCUUUCAGGUAGUCCUCUGAUGGAUUUUGUGUGACUCAAACACGUGUGCCAUCAUAGGAAAUUGUUUGUGCAGGUAUAUGGGAGUAAGUGAUGGUGAUUACUACAGUGUGUGGUGGUGAAACUAUGCACAUACUACUACAGUCAUAUACACUUACCCCCUCCAUAUUUGUAUGAGGGGGGGGGGGGUGUUUCUUUGUGGCUUGAUAUUUCAAGAUUUGCAAAUAUCAAUAUUUAUGACAAUAUAAGGAAAAAAUACAGCAUCAUAUUCAUAAUUGUAGCUUGCAGACAGGAGCGUUUAUUAGAGUAAGCAUAAUGAUGUGCAUUUCAAUACUUUUCUUACAAUAAAAUACUGUCAUUUAUGACAAUAUAUCUGUGAUUGCAAAUUCCACGAAAGGUAAACACAGCGCAUGCUCUUCUGGAGCAUGUGCAGUAAUAUCAGCUGGUUUACCUCAGAAUGUCUCAAAAAAAAGGUCUCUGCUAUUAAAAUAAAUCGCUCACAAAAAAGUAGCAAAACAUGCACACUUAGGUUUCUGAUUUAACCUAAAUGUGUUUUCAAAUAAGUUAAAGCUAAUUUAAGUUUUCUUAUUUUCACAGGGUAUUGGAAUUUUUAAUAUAAAUAAUAAGAUUUUUAUGUGCGUGCAACCAAUACCAUGAGCAGUGCAAAGGAAGACCGAGAAAGCCGCGUUUAGCCAGUUGAGGGUUGCCAAUGCCACUAUUUUGGGCAGAUGUCAGCCACCCCUACCUUCACCCAAUGACCAGGUUGCGGCUUCCAUCUCUGACUGCAUAGACCAGUGUGCUGCACACACAACAGCCAUAAUUAACAACACAAAACCGCUCUACUGUAUCACAGUUGUUCUCCCUUCUGAUCUUGUCAAGGUUGGCAGUGGUGCAUACUUACAAGAAAGCUCUCACCUAAUAAAGAAUGUCUCAGUCAAAUAGCAGCUUAAAAAAGCAGAGGAAUCAGAGCAUCUUUAGCACAUUUUUGUGCUGCUUCCGUAACUACAAUGUGGAGACACCACCUACCAACACCAGCCCCCUACCUCUACCUGUUGAGGAGAAUGGAUCGCCUCCCAAGUGUGAUCAGGUUGAGGUCAUCCCUGUUCUUUGUCCACCUGCCAAAUACCUCCUACCAGAGAUGAAAAUAUCAGACUAUGGCAAAAAGUGUGUGGUAAUUGACUUGGAUGAGACACUUGUCCACAGCUCCUUUAAGCCAAUCAGCAAUGCUGACUUUAUUGUUCCAGUGGAAAUUGAUGGUACCCUUCAUCAGGUGUAUGUGCUGAAACGACCCCACGUGGAUGAGUUCCUUCAAAAGAUGGGAAAGCUUUUUGAAUGUGUGCUGUUUACAGCAAGUCUUGCUAAGUAUGCAGACCCUGUGGCAGACCUGCUGGACCAGUGGGGAGUGUUUAGAGCGCGCCUCUUCAGAGAAUCUUGUGUUUUUCACAGAGGCAAUUAUGUAAAAGAUCUCAGCCGGCUGGGACGAGAACUUAGCAACGUCAUCAUUGUUGACAAUUCACCUGCCUCUUACAUUUUUCACCCAGAAAAUGCUGUCCCAGUCCAAUCAUGGUUUGACGAUAUGAAUGACACAGAGCUGUUGGAACUGCUGCCUUUUUUUGAGGGACUCAGCAAAGAAGACGAGGUUUAUGGUGUCCUGCAAAAUCUAAGGAGCAGGUAGCAGGAUUAACAACAGUAAAUUUUUGCCCUUCUGAACAACAAGAUUUUUCAGACUAAGGCAGAUCUUCACACAUACACCCUUCUUGUCUUGCCUCAAGUGGACAUGUUGGAGUCUCACUGUGGAAACUUUUUUGUAAUCCCAUCUUUGCUCUUAUCUCCUGCUGUCUGAAUGCCAUGACAAAAAACAUUUAAUAUCCCAGGAGUAAAGAGUCUCACGAAACUCACAAAAAAUCCAAAGUUGAUAACAUUGAGGACAAAAUGCUAAGAAGGAUGAACUCUGAUAUUUUGUUUAGUUUUUUCAAAACAACCAAGUUUGAAGUGCUCAUUUUACAACAAAUUUCUCCUCUUUUGUGGUACCACACAAAGUUCAUGGCAGAUUUUGUCCUCAUAUUGUUGCUAUGCAGGCAGUUUUCUGGUGGUUAAAAGGACUGUGAUUCUCUUUUCUAACUGGAUGAAGUGCCUUGUGUGAGUGUUGUUUAUAUGGGGAGAUAUUUUGUACAUGGCAUUUCCAGAGUACUUAAGUCUUUUCACAGACAGUAUGCUUUAUAGCACUGGAAUAUCUUUAUAUAAAAGUUAUACCUUAGUUUUGAGGUUUUCUGGGGGAGGGGCUGAUCAUGUUUUACUUCUCCAUAGUGUUCAGUUUUUCCCAAAGUACAGUAUGCUAGUGCCAUUAUAUAGUUGUGACUUUCUGCUUUCAUAUGUAUUUUAGGAAGAAAUACACUUGCAUUUGAGAACAUCAUGCCUGGGUUACAAGUACAGUACCUACUUGCGUCUGAUUGAUUUGUUCUGAAAGGUCAUACAGUUGUGCCCUUUAUUUUUCUCUUACUGAUGUUACUCUCCGUUUUCUUGCCAAAAUUUAAAAUAUUUUGGAUGAACUUCAUAUCUUAUCAUCAAUAACUGUUAUCGCAUAAUGGCAAGUAUAGCAUUAAAGGUUUUAAUUAUUUUGACAAAUAUGUCACAUUAAUUUGUCCUUUGUCAUGUCACACUCAUCCGAUAAGUGGUGUAGCUCCGCCCUGGAGGGAUGAUCUUUCUCCAGAAGUGCACAUAGUUAAAAAGGUAUUCUUUUUGUCACAUGGUCUGGGAUCUCACAACAAAUGGGUUGAGUUCUGUGUUUUUAUUUUUUCACGGGAUUUUGUGUAUUUAAGGAAUAUACAAUAAUGUAGGAUAGUGUUGGGUCGAGUCUGGACCAUGUUGAAAGCACAUCAUUGUGGUGUGUGGUGUUUACCUUCCCAGACUCUUCAACUCUUCACCUCAGUGCCUACAUUUGAGAGGAGCCACAUAAAUCAAAUGCUGCAGCAUUAGCUACUAUGGCAAUAACCUUUUUGUUUCAUUGUUUUAGUUUAAUUGUUUAAAGCCCUAACGAAGUUAGUUGAUUGGCCUGAAAACCCCAGUGUUUUAAAAUGUUGAGUGUUCAUCUUUUCCCCUAUCAGAUCCAGGAACUUAGAUUUGAAAUUAUUGGAAUAUCCAAAUGACAUGUUUUAUGAAUGAAUAUUGCUAUGUCUCCAAUUCUAUAGUUACAUGCUUUUGAUGUGGAAGAAAAUAAAGUAGACCCUUUCCAAAUCUCGAUAUGGGUGCUUAGUCCUGCCCCUGCUGUGAGACAGACAGCACGUAUGUUAGGGCGUUAGCUCCUAACUAAACACUACAGGGUCACUGCACUGUAGAUGCACAAAUCAAUGUUUAUGAUUAUUAGUGUCACAUCUAAGUGUUAUUACAUUAUUUAAUUAGUAUUUUUUUAUUGACCCGACCAUGUAUGUAGACCCAAUGUGGUCAGGUAAAUUAACACUGUUGAAUAAUAAAAUGAAGCAGUGAAGCAUGAAAUAUUUUGCGGUGCCAUCCAGAAAUUGUUAUCUCAAAAAAUGUUCUUUGCUUUAUUGUGAAUUAUAGUGUUAGUAUUAAGAACAUCUACUCUCACAUUUUUUACAGUUAAAGGCUGCUCCUCAGGCAGAUUAAGUGUCAAGAGUUGAUGUUGAUGAGUAUUCACAAUGCUCAUAAUAAUGGUUUUAAUGACAAGGUCUAUUUCUAAAAAGCAUUUGGUCAAGUAAUCUCCACCUCUUAAUGACUACCUUUCUCAAAAAAUGUAUAUUUCUGAUAUUUUUGUAUCUGCCUUUUAUCAGUAUUUGGGGGAGGGGAGUUGCAUAUUACACCCUGUAUCCAGCUUUUUGUUCCUUGUCUUUCAUGUGUGUAAUGUCCCCCUGUCUUGCCUUUGGUAAAAAUUCUCAGUCAGGCCUCAUGUUUCCUAUUGAGUGUGUGUGCACAUGUGUUUGUAUGUACACAGAUCCUUUUAAUUCCUUACCUUUUUUUUCUUUUGUGUAUCACCUGACUCAAAUCACAUUCAACCUUUGCAUUAAUUUAACGCCAAAGUUCUUCAACACUUGUGUUAGUCACUUUUGUAAACACUUUGUUGUCAUUGUGUUGUUAAUUUGAGCCUUAUUUUUUCUUUCCGUAAUAAAUUGCGUUAUGGAAAGACUUUUUUCAUGUAUUUUCUUCAAAUUGUUGAAUGGUACAGGAAUAAAGUCAAAGAUCAUCGCUUUACGAUGGUGUCACUGGUUCAGUCUUUUUUACCUAUGUAUUUUUCAUUUCAAAAAUCACGAAUAAAAAUUUAUAAUACAUUCUACGUAUUAGAACAGUUGGCAUUUUUCCUUACAUCGCAAAGUUGAGACAUUAGUCUCAAAUUCUGUGGGUAUUUGACAAUGUCCUAGUUUUUGUUUAGUUUGUAAUUACAUUUGAAAUAAUGAGGCUUUUUAAGAAGGGCUUCACAUCUACAUCAGUCAGUUCGGUUCGGUGGUUACUGUAGACAGUGACCACCAAGUAUUAUGAUCCCACUUCCGAAAUUAUUUGUAACAUUCCUUAUGGUCAGACCAAUGUUUCUAAAAAUUAUACAAACACACACUAGGAACAAAGCUAUUCUGUGUAUAUUUAGGAAAGGAAAGGAAAUAACUUAAGGCACUACAGUUCAAUAUAUUUUAUCUUUACAGAAUUAUUUUAACAGAAAUUUGACACCAAUACUGCAAUGCGGCACAGUCUCAUUCCCAGGAACAAGUUGACCCCUUCUAAAAUGUAGGAUCUAAUUUCCAGGCAGACUGAUAAAGUGACUAGGUAAACAUGCUCAGCCUGAUUUUCUUACCAGUGUAAUGUCUGUGCUGCUAGACUUUUCGUUUAAUAGUUUUUUAGUAGUACUUUUUUUUAUGGAGUCAAAUUAGGGUCAGAUUAGAAUUGUAUGUCACUGUUGCAGUUUCAGUGCAGCUGUGCAAACAUGAACUGAACGCUUCUGAUGUGAUUGGUAGUUGUAAAAAAAAAUUAAGAUGUCGGUUGGCCAUUUUAAAAAGUAUUCAUAUAUCAUAUGAAUAUAAUUGUUAUUUUACUGUAUGUCUGGCAACACUGGCUCAGACACUGUUUUAAAAUUCCUCUUAGCAAUAGAUUGUAAUGUAAGCGUGCUCUCCAAGAAAGAAUGCAUUAUUUUGACCAACACGUUCUAUUUACAUAAAUAACAAAUGACUCAUUGUAUUGUUCUUGUUUAUUCUGAAUGUAUUGUUUGGAGAUGCUUUACACAGAUUAAACAAAAUGAAUUGAACUCCUAGAAUAACAAUGUCUUAAAUUGUUCUACAUCAAUUGUAUGGCAUUUGUUUGUGAGUAAUUACAGUGAAACUAACUAAUUGGGUCCGUGCAGGUCCGUGCAUGAAGUGCGAUAUCAGAGGGUCACUUACAGAAUCACCUGCCAACUAAGUUUUCGGGGCAUCCAGCUUCAUUAGACUGCAGCGACAUCACGACCUUGUCGACACCUGAUGAGGAAGAAUUUAGCGCAUCUGCGGUGUUCUGGCGAUUUUCAGUUUAUGGUGAGACUGAAAUUGCGUCCUCCCGCUUGGCCGGUUGAUGCUCUUAUGCCCAGGAAGACUCUCUAAUGUUGUGCCGAUCUUUGCAAGUAUUCUAAACAGUGAUUUAUUACAGUUUAUUGUGGCUGAUUAGACAUGCUCCAUCAUUGGACUUCCUGUCUCUGAGCCUGCUUUACCUGCAGGAGAAUAACAGCCACUCAACCUGCCUCACAAUAACUAAACUCAUUGUGAGCCUUGACUGCCCUAAUGUGCAUCGCAUCAUCUUUGUGAGACACUUUGACCUGCAGUGUGGGAGCCCCACAGGGAACUGUCCUGGCCCCCUUCUUCUUCACCCUCUACACUGCAGACUUCAGACACAACUCAUCUGGCUGUGUUCUGCAGAAGUUCUCAGAUGACUCUGGCAAUUGUUGGACCUAUCACUGACGAUGAUGACGCAGAGUACAGAGAACUGACACAGAACUUUGUGGACUGGUGUCAGCAGAACCGCUUUCUAAUCAAUGCAGGGAAGACAAAAGAGAUGGUGGUGGACUUCCGCAGAUGUCAGUCUACACCCCCUCCUCUAGUGAACGUUCAGGGAAUGAACAUCCAGAGAGAUUGGACUGUACCUGGGUGUUCACCUUAACACCAAACUAGACUGGACUAACAACACAGACGCACUGUACAGGAAGGGUCAGAGCAGACUCUACCUACUAAGAAGGCUGUUGGAGAAAUACUGCAUUUAAUCAUUGAAACAUUGUUGGAAUUUAUUUUGCUGAUCUGCUCAAGCCUUGUCAGCUGUGCUAUAGCCUUGAAGUUUUCUCCCUUCUGUUCUGCAAGAAAUAGGGAGUACCAGUGUGUAGCAUCCUUAUCUGAUGUGCCCAAUGCUUGCUUUGUGCAGAAAAUAUUUCCUACGUACUGUGUGACUAUGCACCUCCCAGAAUGCAAUACAUAUUAUGAGCUGAAUCCUUGUCUUCUCUUCAGUGAGAGGAAGUUGCCUUUGCUGUAAACUGCUCACUCCUUGCAAGUAAAAUCCUGAAGAAGGUCUCAACUGAUUGUGUCUGCUUUAUUUAAGAUUUCCCUAACAUAAUUGGGGGCUCGUCCGGGAUCCCAAGAUCCUCUCUUUGCCGGGACAUCGAGUCGGCGACUGAAGUCUGUGCACAGCCAGGUUUGGAACCUGCAGAAAAUCCUGGGAGGUGAAUUCCUGCCCAGGUCAGACGUCGGCUGGUGGUCCGACGAGGCGAGGUGACGGGAUCCUGAACCAGGGCCAGGACACAGAUCAGGCGAGUAUGAAAAGAGUAAAUCCUAAGGUAUCUUAAAUUCCGUGAGUGGCUCACGAGGUAAAAGAAGACUGGGUCUUCAGAAAGUUCCGUGACGAGGUCACGAGGUAAAAGAGGACCGGGUCCUCAUAAGAAUUCCGUGAGUGGCUCACGAGGUAAAAGAAGACUGGGUCUUCAGAAAAGUUCCGUGACAAGGUCACGAGGUAAAAGAGGACGGGGUCCUCGUAAAAUAGAUUAAUGAUAGUUUGUCUGAUUGAAGCAGCGGCAGAGUGGAAACCUGACGGUGUCAACGUAAACUCUAAUCAGCUGGAGUAAAUCAGACUAUAAAUAAGUGUUAUUGUUUGUCAGUCUCUAAGUGAAUUUUAACUUCUUAGAGGAAGUCUCAGAGACCUUUUGUGUUGUGUGUCUGAUUGAGAUCAAAAUUGAGAGGUUGGUUUGCUCAGACAGCUGUGUCCGCAGGAAACUAGUUCCUGUAGAAGCUUGGCACAGUCGAUGAUCUCUGUGAACACUGUGACUGAUCGUUGAUCUCAAUCUUCGUAGUGAAGCAAAUUAAAGAACACUAAGGGUGAAAACCUUGAAGGUGAUUCGAAAUACAUGUCUAAAAGACAUUCUUAGUCGACUAUAAUAAUAUAUAUAAAACUUACCACAGUGGAAAAAGAAAUUGGGAUUUGAUGGAAAUUUAAAAAAAAAAAAAAGUGUAAAAAAUUGGUGGAUAAAAUAACAGUGAUAACUAAAACUGUUUAAAGAAAGAGAUGGGGAAUAUAAUAAAGGGACCAGUUAAAAAUUCAUGCUAUAUGCAUAACAAGAUUUUGAAUUCAAAAUAAACACUAAAGUGGUGUAAAACUAUGGAAUAAAUUAAGUGAAGACAUAAAAAAUAUUAAUGAAAUGAUAGAAAUAUAAUAGAAACUAUAUAAUAGAUAUAAUUUAAUAAUUGUUUUAUAUUAAUAUAAAAAAUAACCUAUAAUAGAACAAAAAUAAUAUAAUUGAUGUGCUUAAAUAUAAAGGCAUGCGUCAAUUAAAAUAUAGGAAAGAACAAGCUCAUUGAUUAAUUAGAUGGAAUGUUGUGGAAGUGGUGCACGAAUAUUAACAUUCUGUUAUAAUUCCUUUUUGUUAAAAUACUUUAUGUGAUGUAUGAAACUAACAGUCUAUGUUCAGAUAUUGAAUACAAAUCAAUGAAAUGAAGCAAAAGCAACAAUGUUUGCUGUAGACAGUGAAGGAUGCUAUUGGCACUGACUUAUGUGUAAGACUGCAUGAUUACCCACAAAUUACCCUAACCAUAUUUGGCAAAAAGGAAAACCUGCACAUGAGGUUGUUAACAGAGUUUAUGAUUGGAAUCCAAAAUAAAAGUGUGAAUACAGCUCAAUGACGGUGUGAGAGAGAAUAGCUCUGAACUGGAAAACCCAGACUGUGCCCACAGCCCACCUUAGAGGAAAUGAACAAUGAGCAACAGUGUGCUUUAGGUUUGGCAGAGAGACGCAGCCCAUACUGCAUGGCUGAGGCCACAGACCAGCUGACUGUCCACAGAAUGAUUAUGCUGGAGCAAAGUGAUGGGCGAGAGGCCGAUGGGGUUCCAGUACCAGUGUAGAUAACACUGAGGAGGGAGGUGAAUGCACUGACACACUCCACAAUGAAGAUACACACACACACGCACACGCAGACACACUCACUGAUGAUGUCACAGCUAACAGCAAUGAAGAAUGCUUGCUAUGCUUAGACUCAGAAAUGCUCACAGCUAUGCAAUGAAGAAUGCUUGCAACGCAUUAUUAAUAAUGCCUUUUGUAGCAUCCCAGUUCCCCCAGGUUCACAAUUUUGUUUGCGUUUACUUACAAAGGUCAGCGAUACACAUACACCAGGCUACCCCAAGGUUAUUGUAAAAGCCCGACUAGUUUCCGACUAGUGUAUGCCAGCAAAUUUUGCUGAAAUUACACCCCCACACAGUAGUCAGAUAUUACUGUACGCAGAUGAUAUUCUGGUAGCGUCACAGACUGAAGAAGAAUGCAGGAAAGAUACUGUAGCACUUCUUUCUUUUCGGCCAGAGAACAGUCACAAGGUCAGUAAAAACAAACUGCAACUGUUGAAGAAAGAACUUAAAUAUUUAAAACAAAGUGAACAAAAAUUGAUCCAAAUAAAGUUUUCAAAAGUAGAGAACCUAGACCAGAUUUACAGGACAACCCAAUACCUGGUUCUGUAUUUGUCUUUGUGGAUGGACCAAGCACAAAGUCUGAAACUAGAAAAACGCAGAGUGGCUGUGUGGUUCUGACUGAUAGUGAGACCUUGAAAGCAGAACCGCUACCCCCACACUACAGAGCACAAGCAGCAGAAAUAAUUGCACUGACUAAGGCAUGCAAACUCAGGUCAGAUAGUUACCAUCUAUACUGAUAGCAGAUACGCACAAUGAACUAUUCAUAUAUUUACCAGUCAAUGGGAAAAUCCAACGGGAAAGACUACAUUGCAGAUGUAAUGAAUGAAAUUAAUGAAAAAUUUGUUAAAAGCAGUACAACUACCAGCAAAAAUAGCCAUUUGAUGCACUGCACUCUCAAAAGUGAAAAGAAAAAUGGACUCAAAGGACAAACUGCUGAAAAGUUAUUACUAUGUUUGACGAGGGGAACCUGUCCUACCAACAUCCUUCUAUAAAGGAGCAGCAAUAUUGAGACGUGGGCCUUGCCAUGUCUCAACGGGGGGGAUGGUAUGGAUAAAAAAACAAACUACUAUACAGCUUAUGCAUUUACAAAUUAUUCUAAAAAAAUGUUGUUCCCGAUGCACCACUUGCUCUAAAUAUAACCUCUAAAGGAAUUAUUCGACAAACAAGAAGAACAUUCCCUAUAGCAGAAUAUCCAUUUCAUUAUUUGCAUAUUGGAUUUUUGUGAAUUAACUAGGUGUCAAUGUAAAAAGUAUCGUUUGACAAUUAUUAACCUUUUUUCCAAAUGGGUAAAGGUGUUCCCCACAACUACUAAUUAUUCACCACCUGUAGCAAAAACUCUAGUAAAAGAUAUAAUACGAUUUGGGUUACCAGAUCGAAUUUAUAGUGAAAACGGACAACACAGAUUUUUCCUACCUGCUGCUAUCAGACUAUAUAAUCAGAACCGUUAACUUACUAUUGCUACAUUAACUCACCUACUGCAUCAGUGAUUUAUGUAAUAAUCUCCUCUAUGCACCAUUUGUGCAAAUCAGAACAAUAUUUAAAUUUAACAACCCUUCCAAUGCCUUCCAUAUGUCAAAGGUGUUAAAACAUCACAAGAAAUGUUUUUCUGAAAAUGCUUUUCAAGAUGUGCCUUGCCCACAGGAGGGACCACUGCAGGUUGGUGACUGGGUGUUCAUCAGAGUCAUAAAGCGCAAGAACUGGACCUCACCCCGAUGGGAGGCCCACAUAGAGUGACGCUGACAACACCUACAGCCUGCAAAGUCGAAGGCAUCUCCCGGUGGAUACACAACACACACUGCAAAAGGCAACAGGUACAGGCAACCGAGUAGUAUUGUCCGUGAGAAAAAACCCAACCGAGGGAGGGGAAAAGUCUGCCUACAAAGGGGGUCAGCAGCAUUUAGAGCACUGGUCGUCUCAACAGCAGUGAAGAAACCAGCGGUACCUUCUCUCACUUUGGGGACAUUCUCAUAAGGAGAUACUAUGAGGGGACACUGUCCAGCCACGGGAGUUGUACUAACUGCCCUUGUACUGUUGAUUGAUGCUAGGCCACUCCCUGACCUCAUCGAGGAUGAGGAGAGACCUCCUGACCAGUAUCACACUAAUUUGUGGUAUUGUUAAAUGAAGACAGAGCACUCUUAACUUUACUGGUUCAGUGUGUCUCUUAUUAUGAUGGUCCUGAUUUCAUGGGGACCCUCCCACAGUCUGAUAUCAACUAUGUUUGUAGGCACACAAUCUAUGUGCAUCUUCCACCCAAUUGGGUAGGUUGGUGUGCCCCUGUUUAUGUUUCAGAUGGCUCCUACGUGAUAACACCACAGCAGAUGACUUCCAAGGGACGGCUACGGAAGCGAGAGAUUGAUCUGAAGGAAAGUGAUCGGAUCUGGGGAUCAGACGUCCCCAUGGACAAGAAGCUCUGGACUACAGGCCAGAAAGUGGCACUAUCCCUAUUUCCAUGGUUGGGGGACCGCCUGGUGGUAGAUCUGCUCACUGCAAGCCAAGGUGGAGUGUGUGCAAUAGUGGGCCCCAAGUGCUGCACAUACAUUCCAGGAGACGACCAAGACGCAAAGGUCACCCAACAGGCACUCCGUGACCUACAGCACAUAUCCAAUGUGCAGGCGGCUGAUGUAGUGAAAGACAAAUCCUGGUUUGAUUGGUUUAGGUCUGGCACAUGGACUGACAUUCUGAUGAAGAUUUUUGGACCGAUUCUACUGAUUCUUUUGGUUCUGAUGCUGAUUGUGUUGUGCGUAAUUCCCUGUUUGAGGGCCAUGAUCAUCAGGAUGGUGAAUCAAGGCCUUCUCAGGGUGUGCGCAGUCAUGCACUCUCGGCAAAUACUCUAUACACCUUUGAAGCUCGAUAACUGUGAAGAGGAUCUCCACGAUGUCGACGGAAAUGGACGCUAAGCUGUACAUAUUGUGCUUCUGUGCUUCUGACCCUGCCUACGACGUUGCAACAUUUAUUUCAUGUUUUAUGAUGACUGCACUGAAAAUCGAAAGAAGUUGUGCUGUUCUGAUGUAUGCAUGAUUGUUUAAUAAAUGUUUCAAUGUUAAACAGGAGGGAAAUGUUGGAGAAAUACUGCAUUUAAUCAUUGAAACAUUGUUGGAAUUUAUUUUGCUGAUCUGCUCAAGCCUUGUCAGCUGUGCUAUAGCCUUGAAGUUUUCUCCCUUCUGCUCUGCAAGAAAUAGGGAGUACCAGUGUGUAGCAUCCUUAUCUGAUGUGCCCAAUGCUUGCUUUGUGCAGAGAAUAUUUCCUACGUACUGUGUGACUAUGCACCUCCCAGAAUGCAAUACAUAUUAUGAGCUGAAUCCUUGUCUUCUCUUCAGUGAGAGGAAGUUGCCUUUGCUGUAAACUGCUCACUCCUUGCAAGUAAAAUCCUGAAGAAGGUCUCAA